AUAUCUUCAAAUGUAUUCGACGGACAUUUUGCAGAAAUGCAAUAUUACCCAAAUCGUCAAAUUUUUCGUUGUUAUGUGAACUCUGAGAGACUGAUGAGCAGCACAGACAAAUCACCAGCAUUUGAUUGGCAGGACCCUCUGUGUGCGGAGAGCUUGUUCACAGACGAGGAGAAAAUGAUCAGGGACCAGUUCCGGCAGUAUUGCUCAGAAAAACUGCUGCCUAGAAUCACAGAGUCCUUUCGUAAUGAAUUUUUUCACAAGGAGAUCAUGCCAGAGAUGGGAGAGUUGGGAGUACUCGGCCCAACAAUCAAGGGAUAUGGCUGUGCUGGAGUAUCCUCGGUAGCAUAUGGACUUAUUGCACGGGAGCUGGAGAGAAUUGACAGUGGAUAUAGAUCUGCAAUGAGUGUGCAGUCGUCACUAGUAAUGCACCCCAUAUAUGCAUAUGGCACUGAUGCACAAAAGGACAAGUUUUUGCCAAAGUUAGCGACGGGUGAGCUGAUUGGUUCGUUUGGCCUCACGGAGCCGGAUCAUGGCAGUGACCCAGGCGGCAUGGAGACGCGAGCGAAGUACAACGCAGCAGACAAGACAUAUAAGCUCAACGGCACAAAGUCCUGGAUUACGAAUUCUCCCGUUGCAGAUGUAUUUAUUGUGUGGGCAAAGUCUGACCCUGACCAGAGGAUCAGAGGCUUCAUAUUAGAGCGAGGAAUGAAAGGCUUAUACACACCUGUUAUCGAAGGGAAGUUUUCCCUGAGAGCAUCUGUGACAGGACAGAUAGUCAUGGAUGAUGUUGAGGUCCCUGAGGAAAACCUGCUUCCUGGUGCAGUAGGCCUAGCUGGUCCAUUUGGUUGCUUGAAUAAUGCUCGAUAUGGCAUUGCAUGGGGUGUAUUAGGAGCAGCCGAGUUCUGCUUGUCAACUGUCCGGCAAUACACACUAGACAGAUUACAGUUUGGAAAACCAUUGGCUAGCAAUCAACUAAUCCAGAAGAAAAUGGCAGACAUGAUGACUGACAUCUCUGUGGGUCUUCUCUCUUGCAUACAGGUUGGCAGACUGAAGGACACUGGAAGGGCAGCCCCAGAGAUGAUAUCUCUCAUCAAGAGAAACUCGUGCGGGAAAGCGCUGGACAUCGCCCGCGUGGCCCGUGACAUGAUGGGCGCAAACGGCAUCGUUGACGAGUAUCACGUAAUCCGACACAUGCUCAAUCUAGAGUCGGUUAACACGUACGAAGGUACGCAUGAUGUUCAUGCUCUCAUCCUAGGACGAGCCAUCACGGAUAUCCAGAGCUUCAAGUAACAAUGUCACGUCGGAAUUUUGAAGUCGAUGCAAUAGUGUGAUUUCGGCGGCAGGGAUGGAAGCCAGUUCCACGUCUGCGUUAUGGUUGCUAUGGAUAACAUAAUCCAUGGAUUGCUGGCGUGGAAUUUUAUACUGUAGUUAUUGAAUAUUGUCACUGAGGUUUUCAACCAGGUAAUCGUGCUGCUAUCCAUUUUCACACUGGCACUUACUACCAAUUAGCAGCCUACAGAUGAGCCUUAAAUUCUGGUUAUGAUGAGGUGAUUUAUUAUCUUUUAUGCACAAUCAUUUAUACAAUCAUAAAAAGUCGAGUGUGCAUGUCACUCACUGUACACUUCAUUGCAAAAGAAUGGCAUGUUUUUGUAGAGUACCAAUUAAAGGUAGGCCCUGAUCAUAAAAA